CCACACAUGGCUCCUACAAUCACUGCAGCAAUGGGCCCCUCUCAGGAGUACCUCAGUGUCUCUCACAAGUUGCGAAAGCCUAUGGGGGAGAAGCUGCGCAGAGAGAGGAUCAACAGCAGUACUGAGCACCUCAAGUCUCUCCUGUGUGCAGAGUUCCUCCAACAACAGCCAGACUCCAAGCUAGAGAAAGCAGACAUCCUGGAGAUGACCGUCACUGUGCUCACAUGUCUGCAGCAGCAGAAUAAGACACACUUCCCGUCCCAGAGCCACAUGAAGAGCCUUCAGCAGAGCCACUGCACUGAGUUGUACAACCACAACACCACCUGCAAAGACAAGAGUCCAGUGAGCAGCUCCCCCUGGAGGCCGUGGUAGAGCCUGCACUGUGCUCAGACUGACACAGUAACUAUAGACCACACUGGUUUGAGAUCCUCAGAGUUCUUCUGCAUUUAAAAAUCUCUUGGACGGAUGUUUUGUAUUAGUAAGACAUGUUGCAUUUCCUGUGGAAAUGUUGGUCAAGACUGGACUGAAUUUACUUGAAUUCAAAAAGUUCUUCAACUGAAAAGUUCUAUCGAAUUUAAGACAUUUUCUUCUGUGUUAGCAGAAGUCAUGGAUUGUCAAUAAUAUAUUUCCUAUUGAAAUCAUUUGACAUAUUCAACUUUCAUUUGAAAGAUACUUUAUCAUACAUGUUGUAUGAAUCUGAAUGAUUUUGUGUUGUUUUAAACAGAAGCAAAUGUCAUGUCACACAUUAGUUUUAUAAUGAGUAUUUCUCCUGUAAGUGGGAGUGUUCUGCUGUAUGUUAUUUUUCUCUGAUGAAAUCUGUGCUUGAUCCAGUGUAAACUUGGUCACAUAUUGGUUUUAUGUUGUAG